AUGCCCCUCACCGAGAGAGACCCUCAAUCACAAGUCACCCCGCCCUCCCCACCCUCCUCGCCGUGCCACGCAACCCCGCCCCUGAACCGCCCUCCCGAUCUCCGUGCAGUACCCCUCGCCCCUCGCCGGGAAGAACGCAGUGACUCCAGCAGCCCUGGCGGCUCUUUGGGCCGAAGGGGCGGGCGCGGGAGCCAUUGGCGGAGGUCGCUGCCUCCGGCUGUCAAUCCCGCGGCCCGGCCCCGCCCCACCGGCGGAGCGUGGCAGGACGCAGGGCCGCGGGGGCUGUCGGGACUGCUCCAAGAUGGUCGCGCGCUUAGUGUCCGCACCUGCUGGCGGCCCCGAGCCUCGUUCACUGCCACCGCUGCCGACCAGAGCCGCCGGUCGGCCCGGCGACUCCGGGGGCUGACCCCGCAGGCGGCCGCCACCGCCGCCGCCGCUGCCUCAGCCGGCACCGCAGCCGCCGCCGCCUCAGCCCUCUCAGUCGGCACGGCCGCCGCCGCCGCCUCAGCCCCUUCAGCCGGUACCGCCGCCGCCUCAGCCGUCUCAGCCGCCCCCUCAGCCGGCACCGCAGCCGCCGCCGCCUCAGCCCUCUCAGUCGGCACGGCCGCCGCCGCCGCCUCAGCCCCUUCAGCCGGUACCGCCGCCGCCUCAGCCGUCUCAGCCGGUACCGCCGCCUCAGCCGGUACCGCAGCCGCCGCAGCCCCCUCAGCCGGCACGGCCGCCGCCGCCGCCUCAGCCCCUUCAGCCGGUACCGCCGCCGCCGCCGCCUCAGCCGGUACCGCCGCAGCCUCAGCCGUCUCAGCCGCCGCCUCAGCCCUCUCAGCCGGUACCGCCGCAGCCUCAGCCCUCUCAGCCGGUACCGCCGCCGCCUCAGCCCCCUCAGCCGGCACCGCGGCCUCAACCGCCACCGCCGCCCGCCCAGCCCCCUCAGCCGGCACGGCCGCCGCCGCCGCCUCAGCCCCUUCAGCCGGUACCGCCGCCGCCGCCGCCUCAGCCGGUACCGCCGCAGCCUCAGCCGUCUCAGCCGCCGCCUCAGCCCUCUCAGCCGGUACCGCCGCAGCCUCAGCCCUCUCAGCCGGUACCGCCGCCGCCUCAGCCCCCUCAGCCGGUACCGCCGCCUCAGCCGGCACCGCAGCCUCAACCGCCACCGCCGCCUGCCCAGCCGUGGGUCAGGAGCCGCUGCACAGACGGAAGGUUAAAAUGCAUGUUCAUAACAUCAAGAAAAUCACAAGCAUUUACGAUGUAAUCAGAACUACCUGAGGAUCUGUGAAACUUGGUGUGUUAUUCUGGGAGAUCAUCAGGACUUCUGGGUAUUUGGAGGUACUGACCUAACCAGUGGAACUGCUGAUUUAUAAGUUGUCCAGAAUUUUGGAAAACUGAUUAGUAGAGGCUGGAGACCGAGAACUACCAUUUUUGCCAGCUGGGAUGCAGAAAAGUUUGGACUUCUGGGUUCCACAAAUGGGCUGAGCUCUGUCAUAAUGGAAACUCUGCAGCAGAAUCAGCUGUCAUCUAUCCCAUGUGGCCAAGUGCAGAGGAGAAUGUGAAAACACUCCAGGAGAGAGAGGUUGCAUAUAUCAAUGCAGACUCAUACACAGAAGGCAAUUAUACUCUCAGAGUUGACUGUACACCCCUUCUUUUCCAGUUGGUAUAUAAACUGACAAAAGAGUGGAAGAAUCAGACAUCAUUCAUCUGGAGAAAUGCUAUUGGUUGCUGAGGGCUCAAUCCUGAACUGGAUACUUGAUUUAGAGACAUUUGGCCCAUUGGCUUCACCACCAAUUUGUCCAUCUCUGAGUGAAGGUGGGAAUCCUAUUUUCUACAAAUGUUCUUUGCUAAACACGUGAGCCUUGUUCCACCUUUGGAGCCUUGUGUUUAUUUAACGCUUUUGGUGAAAAUCAUGACAGCCACAUAGAUUUUAAGGAGAUAUCCUGUGGGUUAUCAGCUUGUUGCAGAGGACCUCUGGCUGAAAGACAGAAAUUUUGAUUCAAGGUAUUUGAUGUUGACGGUGAUGGAGUUCUUUCUAGGGUUGAACUGAGAGACACGUGGUUGCACAUUUAGAGGUCUGGAAGGACAACUGCACCGAUGAUAUCCUGGAAUUACACGUGGAUGUAUCCAACAUUGUAGAAGACACAUAGAAUGCGCAUGAUACCACAAAGAAUGGCCAUCUUAACUCUAGAAGAAUAUCAGAUCUGGAGUGUGAAAAAUGUUUUUGCCAAUGAGUUUUUGAAUCUACUUUUCCAGGUAUGUUUAAGGUAAAUGACAGAGACCGAGGGCAGUGGUACCAGUAGUUCUACAUCUUUUCCAUUAUGUAGUAGUUAGACAACUAGACUACAAACCAUAUAUUGUCAAAAGAACUGCAUUAACCUGUACACCACCUGCAGAUGGUAAGUUAGAGCGUGAGUGCUUCUCAGAGUCACAAUGUGAAUGAUAGGAAAGUAGAGUAUAGCUGAUAAUGUUUAUCUUAAUAACUCAUGAUAGAGCAGAUUGUAGACACAUAGAAAAGAAUUUAAAAUGUAAAAGCCAUUAUAAUUUGCUAUUUUUCUUUACUUUUUUUUUUUUUUUUAAGACCCUUCCUAACAAGUAAGGCAGUGUGGACAGAGACAUAGAUCAUAAGUUGGCAGCUGUAAAUUUUUCACAAAGUAUACAAUCUUUCCAGUUAGGAGGUUAUUUUAGAUGCAAAGCUGUUUCUUAAUUUUCUUUUUAUUCCUUUCUUUCUUUUUGUUUUUUUUUAAUUUAAUUCUUUAGAAGGCCCAAAAAAGAUUGAAGGAGAAAGGAGGAAAGAAAAGCUGUCAGGGGUGAACAUGAAAUCAUAAAACUUGCCAGAUUUUAACUAUUUUCCCAUUUAAAGUAGUUCUCUUUGCUCCAAUUUAAAGAAACAACUUAUAGUUUCCCAUUUUUCAUAGUUCUUCAUAAAUAUAUGUUGAUUUAAUAGUAUUUUACAGGGUGUGAGUAGGGACAGACUGGAAGCUCAAGAUUUGUAAAUACUGACAGUAUAUAUAGAAUAGAUAAACAAGUUUAUACUGUAUAGCACAGGGAAAUAUAUUCAAGAUUUUGUAGUAGCUCAUGGUGAAAAAAUAUGAAAACAAAUAUACGUAUAUUCAUAAAGGACUGAAAAAUUGUGCUGUACACCAGAAAUUGACACAACAUUGUAAACGGACUAUAACUCAGUAAAAAAAUAUGAAUAAAGAUAAAACUGUUAGAACACUAUAAAAAAAGUAGUAUUUUAGAUUUUUCUUAUUUUAUUCUCCUUUUCUUAUAAAAGCACCUCUAUGAAGAUCAAUAAGACUUGAUAUCUUUAUAUCUAUCAUGAUUCUCCAUUGUAAAUACAGAGUAACCUGCCUGUGACACAGCUAUGUUAGAAUAAAUGAAAAUUGAACUCUUCCUGACAGCUAAUAACUAAUGUAUAUUUAAAGCAUAUGAAAUCUGAUAAGCCUAUGAUACCCAUUUAAAUCAAUCAGUUGCUCUACUGUCAGUUAUCAGCCAGGAUCUAAGUUGAUGUCUUUAUAAAACAUAAAUACAUAUAAAAAUAAUAUAAACCUACUGUAAACAGAAAUGACUUGCUUAGUAAUAUGAAAAUGGUGCAGCUAUUUUAAUCUCAUUUAAAAUGAUGUCCUCAAUUACUUUAAGUUAUCAUUAAUUAUAUAAACAUUUUGACCACUUAAGUUUGUGUCUGAGUCAUCUUGCAGCUCUUACAUAGCAAAGCAUUUUGAACUUUUAUAUUGCCUUUCCUAUUUUCUCAUGCUUAUCAGGGACUUGCAUAGGCACUAUUUUUUCUAUGACUCUAUAGACAGAUGUAUGCCUGAGAUUUUCUUAUGUGUCUCAGUGUCUCUAGCAUUAUAUUACUGACAGAUUUUUUGUUGGUUAUCAAUCUAAUUUUUUUCUUGGUAUAUAUAGUCCUUUCAAAUAUAUGUAUAUAUAUAUGUAGUCAGUUUACACUGUUGUGUCAAUUUCUGGUGUACAGCACAAUGCUUCACUCAUACAUGAACAUACAUAUAUUCAUUUUCAUACUCUUUUUCACCAUAAGUUACUACAAAACAAUAUUGGAUAUAGUUCCCUGUGCUAUACAGUAUGAACUUGUUUAUAAAUUGGGAGUUUGAUUUGCAGGUACUAAAUAUUAACAUUAUAUUUUAUGAUGCUCACUUUAUCCCAUAUUCAGAUAUGCUUUUAAAACUUUAUGUUCACUUAACAUAUAAGUAAGCAGACUUACUCUAAAUUGUUUUAUUUUCUGUCUGUUUCUAAAAUAGAAUUAGCUAGUAAAUUCAGUGAUAAAAGCUUGAAUUAUACUUUUAUUUUAUUUGCCAAGAUCCCACUCCUGGCUGACCAUUUUGGGUAUUUAAGUAUAAAGUAAGUAAAUGUCAGUAGAAUUAGGAAACCAUUCCUGUGGUAAUAUUAUUUUCAGUCCUUUCAAAUAAACUCAGUGCCCAAUAUUUUGCAGAGGAAGCAUUCUAAACAUGAUCAGGGUCUUCUAUCUUGUACGUUAGUCAGAAAGUGUCAAAUGUUAAACAGUUUGAUAAACAGAAUAGUGCACCACACUGACCCCUACCUAUAUCCAUGCUCUAAUCCUGAAAUCUGUGAAUAUGUUAUUUUACAUGGCAAAGGGGAUUUUGCAGAUGUAUCAGGUUAAGGACUCUGAGACAGGGAGAUUAGCCUGGAUUAUCUACAUGGGCCUAGUCUAACAACAGGAGUCCUUAAAAAUUGAAAAUCUUUCCCAGCUGUGGUCAGAAAGAUAUGACUUUGGAAGAGGGAUUAGAAAGCUGUAAAGCUGUUAGCUUUGAAGAUAGAGGAAGGGCCAUGGGUAAAGAAGUGUGGGUGAACUCUAGAAGCUGAAAAAGACAAGGAAAUACAUUCUUCCUUUGACCUACAGGAGGGCAUAGUGCUGCUGACAUCUUGAUUUUUAGCCAAGUGAUACCUGUUCCUGACGACCUACAGAACCAUAAAACAAUAAGUUUGUGUUGCUUUAAGCUGCAAAAUUUGUGAUAACUUGUUACAGCAGUGAUAAAAAUAAGUAUAGGGGAGAUAAUCCAAAUUUAUGGAUUGGAGGGCUCAACAUUUUAAAGAUGUCAGUUCCCCUUCAACUGAUUCAAAGAUUUAUAUGUGCACAUCAAAAUCCCCAACAGUUAAUUGUUGUUACUGUUUUUUUGUAGAACUUGACAAGCUGAUUCUAAAUACAUAGAGAAGCGUGAAGGGCCAAUAGCCAAGAUGAUAUUAAAGAACAAUAUUAAAGGACUUAUUAUAAAACAAUAUUAAGUCUAUGUGAUAACUACCUAAAGUUAGACAUAUAGACCAAUGGAACAGUAUUGAAUUAAACCCUGUACCAUACAUGAACAGUAAUUUUAGAUAGAUUAUAAAUCUAAUAAAUUUGAAACAUAAAGCAAAGCAUCUGGGGGAGGGUAAAGCUCCGGUGGAAUGUGUGCUUAGCAUGCAUAAGGUCUUGGGUUCAACUCCCAGUACCUCCAUUAAAAUAAAUAACCUAAUCCCCCACCAAAAUAAAGCAUCUAGAAAAUAGUGUAGGAGAUAUUUUAAUGACUUUGAAGUGGCAAAGAGUUCUUAAACAGGACACAGCACUAAACAUAAAAGAAGAGUUUUAAGUUGGACUUCAGUAAAAUUAAGAAUUAUUUUUAUCAAGAGAUACCAUUAAGAAAGUGAAAAGCUAAGCCACACGGUGGGAAAAUAUAUUUGCUAUACCUAUAUCCAAAAAAAGACUUGUAUCUAGGGCAUAUAAAGAACAAAAACCAGUGGAGAAAAAGGCAACCUUAAUAUUAAAAUGUGCAAAAAAAUUGAACAGGUGCUUCUCACACACACAAAAAAAUCCACAUAAGCUAUGAAAAGGGGCUGACCUCUUUAGUAAUAAUGGAAAUACGUACUAAACCACACUUGGAACGCCAUUAGACAUCCACUAGAAUAGUUAGUUGUUAAGUGAUACGAAGCAUUGGUGAGGGCAACAAGCAAUGGGGACUCUUACACAUGGCCAGGGGGAAUAUAAAUUCUUACAAAUACUUUGGAAAUAGGCUUUUUGAAUGAAAGUUAUAUAUGUAUAUGUGUGUGUGUAUAUGUGUACACACACACACACACACACACCCUAUUACCAAGGGUAACCCAUGUGUGUACCCUUCAGAAACUUCUACAUCUGAGCACCAAAGGACGUCCAGAAAAUUCUCAUAAUCACUAUUUGUUAUACCCCCAAAUAGAAAAUGACCCAAACACUUUUCAACAAUACAUGACCAUAAGUGGUGGCACAUGCAUACAAGUUGUAUACUUUAAAGCAAUAAAAAUAAAUAUACUAGUUUACAGAAAACACUAGUGGAUGAAUCUUAUAUAAUUUUGAGUGGAAAGUAUGGGACCAAAAAUUUCAAAAGCAAAAAAGCCAAUCCAUGGUGGCUGAAUUUAGGAUGGUGAGUCCAUCAAAGGGGUGCCGUAGUAUCUGGGAAGAAACCCAAAGUGGAACAGCAAUGUUCUGUUUCUUGACUGGAUGAAGGUUACAUAGAUGUGUUUACUUUGUGAAAAAUCACUGAGCUGCAUACUUAAGAUGUGUUCACAUUUAAGCAUGUAUAUUAUAUUUGCAUUUUUUUAAAAAAUGUUUGCUUGCAAAAAAAGAUAUCCAAAGCCUAAGUAUUUAUUAGUAGGAGGAUGGAUAAAACAAAUGAUAGUAUAUUCAAAUAAUGGAAUACUAUUCAACAAUAAAAAAGAAUGAACUACUGAUACAAGGAUGAACCUCAAAAGCCUAAUUUAUACAUCUCAUUGUCAGGUAAAUUUUAACUCAGAAGGUAAACAAAACUGUAAACAGGCAUGUGCCCUGGGGGGAGGGGUGCUUUAGCCUUUGUCUCCUCAGACCUGUGCCAUUACUGGCACAUCCCGCAAGAAGAGAGGCAGGGCUCAGCCACAGCUACCAUCUCCUCCUGUGCAUAGUGCCCGGGCGGGGGCGUGGCUGAGUCCUGAAUCUGCACGUGGGGGCUCCACAACCUCCUAGGCAGGACUGAGACUUGUUUAUAGCCUGAGGCAGGGAGGAUCUUUCUACCCUGACACCUCAGAGAACUUGUGCUGCCAAGAGAAACAAGGAGCUCAGAUUUGGCACAGAGCGUAGGCGGGGCUGUUCCUCGGUCUUCCCCGAGCCCACCUACAGACCGCCUACCCGAGGCAGAGCAGGCAGCUGCACAGAGCAGCGGAGUGACCAGCACCAGGAGAGGGCACAGCACCUGACCACGGUGCUGGGAUGGGGUGUGAUCUGCCCACCUGCCUCCCCCUGAGCACAGCAUCUUACUGUGGCAUCAGGAGGGGGAGUGACCUGCCGGCCCACUGGGUAAGAGCUCAGCUCCUGACCUAGUGUUAGGAGGGGGCACAAUCUGCUAGCCAACAGCCACUGAGAGCAGCACAGAUGAGGGCGCCAACAGAAGGGCUAUGAAACAGCAAGCUGAGUUCGCGAAGCAGGGCGAAGACACAAAGACCUCUAGAUCAAAUCAUUAAGGGCACACCAUCUCCAGGUUAAGUAGGUAACUGAUACUCCUUAAGCCACGGUGCCAGAGAGAUAUGAGCAAUGUGAAGAAUCAGAGAAACCACUCCCAAUUAAAAGAUCAAGAGAAAUCCCCUGAAAGCAUGAUCAAGGAAAUAGACAUUGAUGGCCUACUAGAUCAAGAUUUCAAGAAAAGAGUGAUCAAAGUACUGAAGGAACUAAAAGAAAUAGGGUUUAGGGAUAUAAAAUAUGUCAAAAAUGAAAUAGAAACUAUAGAAAAGAACCAAGUAGAAUUAGUAAACUCAUUGGCUGAGAUGAGAGCUGACCUAAAGGCUGUGCAAAGCAGACUAGAAAAUACAGAAGAACAAAUAUGUGAUCUAGAAGACAGGACAACAGGAAGCACCCAAUCAGAACAGCUGAGAGAAAAACAAAUAAAAAACAGUGAAAACAAUAUAUGGGACCUAUGGGGUAAUAUAAAGUGUGCCAAUCUAUGCAUAAUAGGAGUUCCAGAAGGGGGAAAAGAACAAAGGGGAUUGAAAAGGUAUGGGAAGGACUCAUGACUGAAAACUUCCCAAACCUAAAGAAGGAAUCAUAUCCAAGCACAGGAGGCUCAGAGGGUCCCAAACAGGAAGAACCCAAACAGACCCACACCAAGGCACAUCCUAAUCAAGAUAGCCAGAGUCAAGGAUAAAGAAAUGAUCCUAAAGGAAGCAAGAGAAAAACAGAGUGAGUUACAAGGGAACCCCCAUAAGGUUUUCAGCUGAUUUCUCUACACUGUUUACAACAGCUAAGACAUGGAAACAGCCUAAAAUGUCCAUCAACAGAUGACUGGAUAAAGAUGUUGGAUAUUUAUAUGAUGGGAUACUAUUCAGCCACAAAAACUGACAACAUAACGCCAUUUGCAGAGACAUGGAUGCUCCUGGAGAAUGUUAUUCUAGGUGGAGCAGAACAGAAAGAGAAAGAGGAAUACCAUAUGAGAUCACUCAUGUGUGGAAUCUUAAAUAUAUGCAAGAUCUUGUGGUAACUCACAGCAAAAAAAAAGUGACAAUGAAUAUAUGUACGUUCAUGUAUAACUGAAAAAUUGUGCUCUACACUGUAAUUUGUCAUAACAUUGUAAAAUGACUAUUACUCAAUAAAGAAUGUUUAAAAAUAAGUAAAAUAAAAUGUAACCUUUAAAAUACUGUAUAA